UAAAGAUUGAGGAAUUAUACAUACGUUUUUAUCUCUCCAUUCAUAUUACAAAACCCUUGAAAGUCGGAUCUACUUCAACCCUCUUCCUUCCACCUCUCGCGAGAGUCUCGUCUAAAUUCCACCAGCUCCAACUACAAAAAAGUCAAAACAUAUCUACACUGCACAGUGCACACACACACACACACAAGUCACAACCUCGUUCGUAUCGCUUCUCGAACAUUUUUUUUUUUGUUUCUUCGAAAAAUAUAUAUAUUGUUUAGAAAUAAAAGAAGACAAAAUUCGGUCUUUUUCGUCCUACGCUUCUCUCUCCUCUCGACUGAGUCGAUCUCUACGAGGUUCAACUCUCACCGUUGAGCAACCAAUUCUCCGUUCGAUGGCCACCACCGCCGCAGGGUCGAGGCUCAUCUCGUUGAAAGCCGCCGGGAAGCUCGGUUACCGUCAGAUCUCUCAGGUCCGCCACCAAUGGGCCCCGCUUCAGUCUGCGUUGCCUCAUUUCGGAAUGCUGCGAUGUGGAUCGCGUCAGGCGUUUUCAACCUCUGUUGUGAAAGCUCAAGCGACGGCUGUUGAGGAAACAACAGGAGAAGCUGUUCCGAAAGUGGAAUCUCCAGUGGUCGUUGUGACUGGUGCCUCUAGAGGGAUUGGUAAAGCAAUUGCUCUCUCCUUGGGGAAAGCAGGCUGCAAGGUUUUGGUGAACUACGCUAGGUCAGCAAAGGAGGCCGAAGAAGUUUCUCAACAGGCUGUUGAUAAAUGGGGAACCAUUGAUGUCGUGAUUAACAAUGCAGGAAUUACUCGGGACACCUUGUUAAUACGAAUGAAGAAAAAUCAGUGGGAUGAAGUGAUCAAUUUGAAUCUCACUGGAGUAUUUCUCUGUACCCAGGCAGCAUUUAAGAUCAUGAUGAAGAAGAGAAAGGGAAGAAUCAUCAAUAUAGCGUCAGUUGUUGGUCUCAUUGGUAAUAUUGGCCAAGCAAACUAUGCUGCUGCUAAAGCUGGAGUUAUUGGGUUCUCCAAGACUAUUGCGAGAGAGGGUGCGAGCAGGAACAUUAAUGUGAAUGUGGUUUGCCCUGGAUUCAUUGCAUCUGACAUGACUGCCAAGCUUGGAGAAGACAUGGAAAAGAAAAUCCUGGGAACAAUCCCAUUAGGACGGUAUGGACAACCGGAAGAUGUGGCUGGCUUGGUGGAAUUCUUAGCUCUGAGUCCGGCAGCCAGUUACAUCACCGGACAGACAUUCACUAUUGAUGGAGGUAUUGCCAUCUAGAGGCUUUUUUUUUUCAAGGCAAAACGGUUCGCUUUUUUCGGUUUCUUGGUUUUUUGUUUUGUGCAAAAUCAUACUGUUUCGGUUCGGAUGUUAUAAGAUUCGGUUUGGUUUGGGAUUAAAAAACUGUUACCGAUUGAAACGGAAAUAUGUUGUUAAUCGGUUUAUUCGGUUCUCUUGACUUUAAUGAACCAUAGUUGGGCCAAUCAAAAUUAAAAAAAAAAAGCCCAAUGAAAUAACCCAUAAACUCUCCACCAGUUAGCAAAAGUGUUCGUUUUUUUGAAGAGAACAGAAAAGCCAAUCAGUUUAGAAACGCCAAAC